GUUCUACUUUUCAAACGCUGCAGCUUAUCUGCAAGGCGUCUGGAGAUGAAUUCUUAUUUUACGUCCUUCUGCCCCAGGUAUAUGAACAGGAGAUAUGGAUGUAAUGAGGCCCUUGAUAAAUGAGCAGAAUUUUGAUGGGACGUCUGAUGAAGAACAUGAGGCAGAGCUUCUGCCUGUUCAGAAGCAUUACCAACUUGAUCACCAAGAGGGUAUUUCAUUUGUACAAACUCUUAUGCAUCUUCUUAAGGGAAAUAUUGGAACCGGCCUGUUAGGACUUCCAUUGGCAAUAAAAAAUGCAGGCAUAGUGCUUGGACCAAUCAGCCUUGUGUUUAUAGGAAUUAUUUCUGUUCACUGUAUGCACAUAUUGGUACGUUGCAGUCACUUUCUAUGUCAGAGGUUUAAAAAAUCAACAUUAGGAUAUAGUGAUACUGUGAGUUUUGCUAUGGAAGUAAGUCCUUGGAGUUGUCUUCAGAAGCAAGCAGCAUGGGGACGGACUGUGGUUGAUUUUUUUCUGGUGAUAACACAGUUGGGAUUCUGCAGUGUUUAUAUUGUCUUCUUAGCUGAAAAUGUGAAACAAGUUCAUGAAGGAUUCCUGGAGAAUAAAGAAUUUGUUUCCAAUAGUACCAAUUCAUCAAAUCCAUGUGAGAGAAGUGUUGACCUAAGGAUAUAUAUGCUUUGCUUUCUUCCAUUUAUAAUUCUUUUGGUCUUCAUUCGUGAGCUAAAGAAUCUAUAUGUGCUUUCAUUCCUUGCCAAUGUUUCCAUGGCUGUCAGUCUUGUGAUAAUUUAUCAAUACGUUGUUAGGAACAUGCCGGAUCCCCACAACCUUCCUAUAGUGGCUGGUUGGAAAAAAUACCCACUUUUUUUUGGUACCGCAGUAUUUGCCUUUGAAGGCAUAGGAGUGGUCCUUCCACUGGAAAACCAAAUGAAAGAAUCAAAACGGUUUCCUCAAGCAUUGAAUAUUGGCAUGGGAAUUGUCACAGCUUUGUAUGUAACACUGGCUACUUUAGGAUAUAUGUGCUUUCGUGAUGAAAUAAAAGGCAGCAUAACUUUAAAUCUUCCUCAGGAUGUAUGGUUAUAUCAAUCAGUGAAAAUUCUGUAUUCCUUUGGCAUUUUUGUGACAUAUUCAAUUCAGUUCUAUGUUCCAGCAGAAAUCAUUAUCCCUGGAGUCAUCUCCAAAUUCCAUGCAAAAGGAAAGCAAAUCUGUGAAUUUGGGAUAAGGUCCUUCUUGGUUAGUAUUACUUGUGCUGGAGCAAUUCUUAUUCCUCGCUUAGAUAUUGUGAUUUCCUUUGUUGGCGCUGUGAGCAGCAGCACAUUGGCCUUGAUCCUCCCGCCUUUAGUGGAAAUUCUUACAUUUUCUAAGGAGCAUUACAAUAUAUGGAUGAUCCUGAAAAAUAUUUCUAUAGCAUUCACUGGAGUUGUUGGCUUCUUACUAGGUACAUAUGUAACUGUUGAAGAAAUUAUUUAUCCUACUCCCAGAGUUAUAACAGGUACUUCACAAAGUCCCUCUCUAAAUUGGAAUUCUACAUGCUUAACAUCUGGUUUGCAAUAGUAGAAGCAGAAUUAUGAGUCUUUUGUUUCAAUUCUGAAAAUUACUAAAAUAACCAGUAAAAUGCACUGCUAUCUACUAAAAACAAACAAAUUCUUUUUUCCUUUGGUACAGUAUUAAUAUUUUUGGCAGUAAACUCUAAUUCUCCACCAGCAGUGAUAAACUAUGACAGAUCCUUGGUGUUCGGUAGUAACAAUAAAUUGUUAAAAAUUUGUUUUGAAAAUUGAAAAAUUUAAGAGUAAAAUGUGUUAUUCUUUAUUUCUCUAAUAAAUGUUUUAACCAAGAUUUUUCUCUUUACCCUCAUGCUAUUCUUUUGCCACUCAGUUGACAAGAUACAGGAUUUCAACAAUAAGAUAAUUAAAUAAGGACAUAUAUUCCAAAAAUCUCACUGUACAUUAUCACAAUGAUUGCAAAAGUAAAUUAUAUGAUGUAGAAUAUGUGACUGUUUUUAUUAGAGAGCAAAAUACUUAUAGGAAAGCCCCUGAAAGUAUAGGAAACUUCUAUUAGCCAUAAUGUAAGCAGAAAAUCACCAAAACUGGAAUUAUUUUUACUCUAUAUUGUAAUGCUAGUUGGUCUUUAUACUAAUCAAGAGGCACUGAGUGAGACACUGUUUUAGUGUUUGAAUCAAGUUUAAUAGGGUUUUUAAAGAUUUUCUGAUAUAUCUCCCUUAUUUUUCAAUGGAGGAAAUGGAGUCCCAGAAAGUGUAAGUAACUUAGUCAAGACCACUCAUCUUUGAGAUCAAGAGAGCCUGAUUUUUGACUCCCUAGCUAGGAUUUCUUUAUUUUUCACAUAACAUCCAAGAAGAAUAAAUUAUGUUUCAUUUAAUUUUGAUGUUGAGUAAUUAUAUUUUUAUACUUUAAAAGUGAGUGUGUGAUCUUUGGAUCGUAUAUAUGACAUGAGCAUAAAAUUAGGAAACAGAGAAUCCUAUACUACAGCUUUAUAAAUCUCAACAACAGACAGAAGCAAUGUUCUUUCACACCAAAUCAAGACCACUUGCUGGUGUAACUGCUAGCUGGUAGAAUGUGCUAAACUAUACCGGUGAUGGCUUAAGUGCUCCUUAUGUUUCUUUCCUUCAUUUUGUAGGCACCAUCUUCCUCAAUGGCAGAAAAUAGUUUGUCAAAAUACAGGAUUUGUAGACUCUUUUCAGUCCUGUGGCUUUCCUUAUCAUAGUCUUUAGUGAUUGGACUGGAUAGAACCCUAAAAAGCACGCUUAGGAAAAACUGAAACAGUAAUAACCUAUUGAGACACUUCCAGAUUUCUUCCAGAGAACUGUCAUCUGUCACUCCAUGUUCUUUGAACCCACUUGGUAACAAACAUGGAGUAUCUCAUUUGAUGGGGAAGGCUCAUGAUUUAAAAAAAUUCACAUUCUAAAGCAUGAACUUUUUAAUCUGCCUGGUAGUACUCCAGGGAUAUCAUCGAGCUUACUGUAGUGAAUAUAUUCUCUAUUUUUAUAUGUAAAUAUUAACUUAUUCAGAUAGUUUUUGCUUAUUACAUCAUUAACUGGUCAUCUAGUAUGAUCCUAAAGAUAUAUCAGAAACUUUAUUUUGGUACACAUAGCAAUUAGACUUUUAAAAAACAUUAAAUUAGGUAUUAUCACUAAUUACCAGUGAUACUUUUAUAUCAAAUCUGUUACAUUCAGUCUUUAGUCAUACUAGCAAUGUGGAAGAAGAUAUGGGAGAAUUAAUCUUCAUUGAAACUAAUAUUGUAUAAUCUUGAAUCUAAUAAUAAAUGACAUAUUUAAACAUUUUAUAAUGGUAUAAAGUAAGUUGUGAAAAUCAUUGUAAUACAAAGUUGUAUUGUUUUUUAUCAGGUGUCAUCACGUAUUUCUAGUGAAUGUGCACAGUUUCAUUUUUCUAUUUUAACUUGUUUAUUUCCACAUGGAAUUAAUCAAGUACAAUGAAAUUUUGAGUCGUUGAUCACAGCAAUAAGUAAUUUUUUAAAUGCAGCACAAUCUACACCUUGGGCUUUCUUUGCCAUAGCAAUUCCAAAUCAACAUCCAACAUCAAACUCUCAAAAUUACCAUUACUUUAGAAAUAAGAAAGAAGGGUUAAAAAGGAGAAAAGAGAUUUGAUUAUUAACAGGAAACCCUGCUUAGGUGCAAAAUGUAAAAAUACUCUUAUUUAAGGAUAUUUAAUGAUAUAUUUAGCAGUGGAUAAUUUUUCUCUGAAAUUUAGUUUUAAUAAGUCAUAACAUUUUCUAAAGAUCUAUAGAGAAGAUACAGUGAGUGGACCCUCGUGUUACAACUGGUCUGACAUUCAAACAACUUGGGUUAGUUAGGUUAAUGGCAGAUUCAUCUCUCAUCUGUAGCCUGUACCCAGGUAAACAUCCAGAUUUCAGCUAACACAACUGUAUUAGUCACAACCAACCCUCAACUGAUGGCGUUCAUGAGUCAAGAGUCCACUGUACUUUGAUCUACCAACUGUUGCUUUUUAUUUUGGGAUCCUGCAGAAAUAAGAAUAGUUGCCAAAAAUUUAUCUGCUUUCUUUUGGUCCAUUGCAUUAUGGCUAAAGUGACUGGCAUUUAUCUGCUUCCACAGAGAAGAAUUCUCUAAAUGUUAAGCAGUUUCCUAGAACCAUUUCUGCAGUUGAGAUAGAAGAAAGAAAAGCUUUAUUUACCUAUGUGACUUUUUUUUUAAUCAGAGGAUCUUUUCCCACAUGGUUAGAUUUCUUCAUAAUUAAAAAAGUUAGAGGUAUCUAUCAAUUUUUCUUGGUUGAAGAUAAGCUUAGAUAGUACUAUCAAAUAAAAACAAGUUCUAUAUUAGCAAAUGCCACAUUAUUUUAGUUCUGACCUCUGUGUUCUUUCACUAAAACCAUUUCUGACCCUUGCUUAAACAGUGCACUUACAUUUUUACAAGGAGUUUAUGACAGUAUGAGAUGUAAAUUUUCUAACAUGGUUUUUCAUUUUCCUCAAUAUUUUCAUAGUCGUCCUGUUUCAAGGUACUGUAUAAUAUCAGUUAAUGUUCUAUAUUAGUGCCAUUUCUACCUAUGGGAAUGCACCACAGCUGUUAAUACAGUAUCCAAAUGGUGUGCAUUUGUUUUCUGAUGUCCUGUCUCUGAAAAUUAGCUCUUGUUCUCACUUCUUUUUCCUCAUUUAAGGGGAGAAAGUGGUUGAGGAGUAGGUAGCUUAGUGGUGGAGUGUUUGCUUAGUAUGCCCUGGGAUCAGUCAUGAAGAUUAAAAAGAGCCUAUACACCUAAUGGAACAAUACAUAAAUUAUUUAAUAAUACCAGUGGUCCAAUGAAUAUUAUCUAUUGAAGAAUAAUGUAAUUUGGUAAAAAUACAGACCAUUAAUAAUGUAAAAUGUUUUUAAAAAUUGGAUUUAUUUUAAUAGUUUGGUCUAACUAGCUUUUCCUUCCUAAGAAAAUGUGAAAAACUGAUACAAAAUGUGCUCAGUAUUUCUUAGUGUUACAUGGCUGACUAUAAGUAGUUGCUACUUUGCCACUAGCACUUACUAGGCCACUAACUUCUGAAACUGAUUGCAUUUGACCUAGGCAACAAAAAAUAUAUUUUAUAAAUGGUAUUUGUUCCCUGUGAUAAGUAAAAAAUUACUCAAAUUGUUUAACAUUCCUAUGAAAAUUAGUUGGUUCCUAUUUGCAUGCACAUGCCCCUCCCAAAUACACACAGUAGGAGUCUGUGUAAAGUAUAUACAAAUACUGAUUUACCAUUUAAAUUGAAUCCAGGAAGAUAUUGUGUUAAAGAUAUCCCUCUAAAAGUAUUGCAUUGGAGUUUUCUUGAUAAUAAAUAGGAAAAUAUAUGUUUAUAUUAUGAAUAAG